AUGAAUUUGUACACCUUAGUUGAUUCAGCUUGGCUUGAAACAGCUCUAGCACAGAUUCAAAGGCGCACACCGUUAGCCAUUGUUCUCACAAAUGUUCCAUUAGUCAACAACACUAUUCGUUCAUCAAUUAACAAGAUAACAUUUUACAAAGCUCUCUUAUGUAAUAGACUAAUUACUAUUGAAGAGUACUUACAUCAUACAUACAAACUUCAAGAGUUUACUACUUUCUACAUUAAAUAUAAUAAUCGACUCUACGAGUGUUCAUCCAUUUUGAAACACAGAGAUGACACUCUCCUUACCGAUUAUUUGAUAUUACAAAGUUCAAACGACUCUCGUAUACAGGAAGAACCCUCAUCAGCCAGCACUCCUCUACAACGCCAGCUUUCAUCAGCCAGCACUACCAACUCUGUUCCACAGCAACAGCUCUCAACAGCCAACGCUCCUCUACAAAGCCCACUUUCUGCCAACACCCCGCCACAACGCCAACUCUCUGCCAACGCUCCUCUUCAACGCCAGCUUUCAUUAGCCAGCAGUACCAACACCCCCCACAGCCACAACUCUCUGCCAUCACUCCCCCACAACGACAGCUCUCUGCCAACUCUCUUCGACAGCAACAACUCUCUGCCAACACCCAGACACAACUCCAGCUCUUGGCCAACUCUCUUCCACAGCAACAACUCUCUGCCAACACCUCGGCGCAGCAACAACUCUCUGCCAACACCCAGACACAACGCCAACUCUCUGCCAACGCUCCUCUUCAACGCCAGCUUUCAUUAG